AGACGAAAGAUGCAGGCUCUCGAUGUGGACCGACUCAAGAAGGGCGAGGUCGACCUCGGUACCUCGAUCAUGGCCGUGGCAUAUGACAAGGGUGUCAUCCUGGGAGCCGAUUCAAGGACGACGAUGGGAUCAUACAUUGCAAACAGAGUGACCGACAAAUUGACACAUGUCACCGACCGCAUCUACUGCUGCCGAUCGGGCUCAGCGGCCGACACGCAAGCAGUCGCCGACAUUGUCACCUACCACCUCUCGAUGUUCUCCGUCCAGCACGGCGAGCAGCCCAAUGUCGACACGGCUGCACACCUCUUUAGCGAGCUUGUGUACCAGAACAAGGACCGGUUGAGUGCGGGUAUCAUUGUCGCAGGGUGGGACAAGCACAAGGGCGGGACCGUCUACAAUGUCCCGCUCGGUGGAGGCGUCUUCCAGCAGCCAUGGGCCAUCGGAGGGUCUGGAUCAGCAUACAUCUACGGUUUCUGCGAUUCAACAUGGAAGGAGGGCUGGGGUCGUGAGCAGACGGUCGACUUUGUCAGAAACGCGCUGAGCUUGGCAAUGAGCCGUGACGGAUCAUCGGGAGGCACCAUUCGGAUGGUCGACAUCACUGAAGAUGGCGUCGAGAGACACUUUGUCCCUGGCGACAAGCUUCCUGAGCUCUCUGCCAAACUUGUCUGAUUACCAGAGAGAGGGGAAUGACCAUAAUACAAUUGACACAAACAUACAAGGGAAGCUAUCUCAUCUCCUCGGGCUCCUUGACCUCCUUCGC